ACUCAUACGAUUCUAUAUUAAUAAAUAAAUCUAAUCGUUUUUAUGUACACAAAAAAGUAAAUAUAUGUAGUAUAAAGUAAAGUGUGUUAUGAUAUAAAUUAAAUACUUUAAUUGUAGGUAUUUGUAUGUGCCUGCAUAUAAAGCAUUAACCAAGCAACUAUUGAAUUACUAAAAAGAGUAGAAAACAAAGUUUUAAUUUCAAAAAGUGCAUGUACAUAGUAAUUUAAAAUACCAGAUAAAACUGCCUUGGUUUCACGUAUCAGUAUUUAUUACAAAGAUAGCUUGAGUUCAUUGUAUAAUUGUUUAUAAUUUUGUGGGUUUAAGUGUAAAUAUUUCCCACACUGUAUGUAUAUAUGUACAUACUUCCACAACAAAAAACACAACCAACAAAUCGGCGAUUCGAAAUAUUUUUACUAUCACAUUAGUCCAGUCUAGUGAUAACGGUGUAUCGAAACAAUGUCCAAAUUAACUGUGUUGGAUAAAAUAAAAAAUCCUGAUGUACCAGGACUAGAGGAUCCACUGCCCCCGGUACCUCCACCCCCAAUUAUCUCUUAUAAUAAUCCAGCACCAGUUCCUGAAAAAGCUCCAGCAAGCACCCCCAAUGUUGUUAAGCCGACAAACCUUGUGGCUUACCCUAUUCCCAAACAGGCUUAUUUUCCUUCUAUGGUGACUCCUCCCCUGCCUCCUCAGCAUGAUCAGUCAUGGUGGGUACCCAAUGAAACAGAUUCUGAAGUUUACAAUCAGUGGUACGAGUCUGCUUAUAAAGCUGCUCUACGAGCUUCAUCAGAUAAAGAUGGCAGUGGGAAGCCCAAAGUUAAAUAUGUCAAAAGAAAACUGGAAGUUGUUGAUCCUCAAGCUGAUGCAGAAAGAGUUGCAAAUGCUCAGAAAGAAUUGUCAGCCCUGAUGAAACCCCUCAAAUGUGAUCUGUGUAAUGCAGUGAUGAAUAGUACAAGUCAGAGUGCUAUACAUUAUAGCGGCAAACCACAUCAGAAAAAAGUUUCCAUGUACCUCAAUCAAAGUGCUAAAAAAAUAAAAAUAGACGAUGGUCAAGUUUCGAGUACAACUAAUGAUUCUUACUCACAUUGCGAGAUCUGCAAAAUAUGGUUUACAUCCAUGACGGAUGCAACUCAGCAUUAUGCCGGUAAAAAGCACUUAAAAGCAGUAUAUGGCCACACAAAAACGAAACCUAAAAAACCAACAUCAAACAAAAAUCCAAUCGAUCCCACCGGAAGAUAUGGCAUAGGAAUGGCUUUUGCACCGCCUCAACCUGAAGCUGUACCUAUCCCUCAAUUACCACUACCUCCCGAAAUUCCCCCUGCAGCUGUUCCACCUAUUCCACAGUACAAACCGGCACUUGUAGCUUACCCAAUUCCAUUUCGUUGUGAAAUCUGUGAUAUUUCUGUAAACCGACAAGAUCAACUGGAAACGCACAAACGUGGUGCAAAGCACUUGAAAAUGCUAAAACAUCACGGCCUUUCUCUGCCACAACCAGAUCCUGUUUUCUUGGUGCCACCGCCCAUAGAUUAUUCAAUAUAUCGUACUCCAUCAGGGCAAUAUUAUUGUGCACCAUGUAACUUGUCUUUGAACUCAGAGUCAUCGUUUGCACAGCACGUGGACAGUAAAAAACACAAAAGUCAAAUAACCCCUAAGCAGCAGCCCUCUUCUGGUUCAGCGACGAAAAAAAAACAAAAAGGAAUCCAGAGGAAAGUAAAUGAGUGAAGAUACCCCUAGCUGACCUAAUGAGUAAUGUUACUAGUGUCACACAUAUGUGUGUAUAUUUAUGUAUAUGUGUGAGGGAGUAUUGUGAAAAAAUUCAUUCAUACUCACAAUAACUAUUGAAUUAGUUUCCUUUGAAUUGCUGUGAAAUACCUAUUUGUAGUCUGAAAAAUUCCGCUGAAACUAGCGUCAUUUAGACCAAAAGUAGAAUUGCUUCAAGAUAUUUUCCAAGUCUCUGUUUCAUAACACGCAAACAUACAAUGAUAAUCAAAAUCAGUUAGAUUUCAGUAGUUUUCAAUUAUUUCGUGGUCAGAAACAUAAUUGCUAUACCAUGAAAAAAUAUAUGUAUUUUAAUAGUAAAACUGUUGAACUGAAAUCUACCUGAUUAACGUUCGAGAACAAGAUUCAAUGUCCAUCUUAUGGUACAGUAAGAAUCAUUUUAACAUUAAAUGAUUUUAUUAAUCAUUAAUCAGCUUAGGCUAAACACAAAUAAGGAUGAACUGAUAUCAUAAGAAGAAAAAGCAUGAAAUUCCUUUAUCAUAAGGUAUAAUAUACAUGUCAAGAUUGUUUGAUAUAUAAUGAGUUAACGAUUGUUCAAUUGGCUAUAGAGUCAUCUGGGAUCUUCCUCUAGUCAGAAUAACUUCAGAAAACAGAAUAAUAUUGCUUUUAAUUAUAACUGCCAAGACCUCACAUUUCCCUUCAUAAACUUUUUGAGCAAAUCUCACAAAUAAUGUGGUCGAUAUUGUUUAGUGAUUUUUGUAGUGGGGCCAUAAAUUUUCGAGGCGUAUGGUACUACAUGUGUACCAAUGACACCGUUGAUCUUUACUUUUUAUCUUGUGUUAUUUUUUUUUAUAUGAAACUCUACGUCGUUAAUAGACAAAUAUUUUUUUGUCAGUAGCGGUCAACUGUAUACAUGGAAGUUUUUUUAUUUUACUUGCACAGUGUACAGUGUGUGCAUGUAAUAACAGAGCUUCCUCAUACUUCAUUCUUACUGUAAAAUUAUGUUCUUGAAUAAUUAAAGCAUUUCAUACUGGUACUGAAACUAAAACAAAUAAUUAUAUUAUUGGUCAAAAAUGCAAUGACAACUGUGUGGCAACAUGAAUUUUUUAGAAGAAAU